GUACGUCAUUUUUGAUAGCGCAAACUUCACGUGUAUUUGACAAAAUUCCCAAGAAAUUUCUCAGAGGGCGCUUUUCCAAACUAUUAAUUUAUUAAUGUUUUCUUACCCAAACAUCUAAAAAUCAGCAAAGUUUUUGCCUGAAAUCUACCGUUCACCACGCAGUCUUCAAAGAGCCCAACAUUUAUAUGUUUAAAUCAAGCCAACAUGGGGGGAUGCAGAUGUAGCUUUCGUAAUUGUCAAAGUGCUACAAAAACCAAUGGUGAUCUCCAUUUUUUUCAUUAUCCUGUUAAGCAUAAGGAGAGAUGCAACGAGUGGAUUCGCAAUGCUCGUCGACCAGAUUUCUUCGUUUUACCCGACGAUCAAUUACGCAACAAAGUGGUUUGUGAUUUACACUUUGAAAAGUGUUAUUUCACAAACGCGCUACGAAAACGCCUGGUUCAUAACGCAGUUCCCACAUUGGGUGUUGGGUGUGAAGAUGAAGUGUUAAAUGAUAACUCAGGGGAGUUUCAAAACAUUGAUAUAUUACCAGCAAAUGAAGAUGGAACAAUAUUUACCUUGGACACUGACAGCAUGCAGCAUAAAUCUGAUGACCCAAUAAGCACUUAUAGUUUUAAAAACGGCACUUUGGUCCCUGUUUAUGAAGAAGAAUCAACAGAACCAAUAGUUUACACCCUUGACCAAGACGAAUUCAAAGUUGUUCCGAAUUUCCGCGAAACAUCAUCAGAGAAAAAUUACGUUUUCGUCAACACAAACAAAGAAUCAGAUACAACAGAAAAUUACGAAAUUGUAUUUAAUGGAGAAACGCAACAACCAACAAUUGAGAAAAAGGGCGCCUCAACAACCACAAUGGAAAUCACCACAACCACAGGUUACACAAGAUCCGACCCCAAAAAGGUUCAAAUGGCUCCAAUUGAAUACGUGUACGUUCAACCAAACAUAGAAGAUGAACCGGUGGAUGAAGAAGUUGAAGAGUCGAAAUCUGUUGAUACAAAAAUGAUAAUUGACGACCAAGUUGAAACAGUUUCGAAUGAAAACAAUCAGAAACAAAUAGAAAAUCAGAAACACCCCAAAAAUAAAUACAGUGUGAAAAAGAAAGUGUUAAAACAAAUUAAUAACCACAGUAGACAAAUAGCCUCCCUUAAAAAGGCUUUAUUACAAUCGAAUUUAAGAAAAGUUAAUACACUUAAUUUGAACACCAUUAAAGGUAAGGUCCAUCCAACGUUUUUGGGCGCUUUGACAAUAAAUUUGUUCAAAAAACAGUCGAAUUUUAGUCAGAACGAAUCAGAAUUUUUAACCACUCUUUAUAAAUUGUCACCAGAUUGUUACAAUUUAUUAAAAGAAAAACUUCAUUGGAAUUUACCCUCUUCUAACGUUGUUGAAGGUUUAAUUGGCCAAAAAUCCAAUUAAUUUAAUGUUAAUUAAUUAAUUUCAUAUAGAAUUACAUUAGAAUUUUAAGCAUUAGCUUUAUUUAGCAAUUAUUGAGUAGUAAUUUUCUUAUUAUUGUAUUUUACUU